CACUCUCUACCCAGAAUUCGGUCUCCAACAACAAAGAACAAAAUGGACAGCUUCAACAACACCCGUGGCGGACAGUCCGAUGUCGCCCACUCUACAUCCACCUCCCUCGACAGAAAUUUUGAUGUCCAACACUCGGAACCCAAGGAGAUCAUGGAGCACUACCCGGAACUUUCUGCUCCUACCAGAAUGAUGUCUUCAUCCUCAAGUGGCUCCUUUCUCGCCAAGCGCAUGACGCUUUCACGACUUUUGCUGUGCGGAACCGUCAUAUACUGCAUCGACUUUGGCAUGUUCCUCUUCAGCGGCCUGACCGGCUCGACCGCCCUCACGACGACCACCAAGUUCGUCGCCGUCAUCACCGCCGUCGCCCUGGUGAUAGCGAUCCCCAUGUACGACUCCGCCGAGGGCGAAGACGACGAGGAGCGCGUCUUCACCGGAUACCCAGACCUCUUCUCCGACCUCACCGGCAGGCCAGUCGAGAGGCCGGCCAUCCAGAUCGAAGAGGGCAAGACGAUCGACGGCCGCAGGCCCCAAUUCAUCUCCAUCGGCGACAAGCGCAAGGACAUGCUCCCCGUCAUCACCUUCAAGCCCGCCGACGUGUCAGGCGACGACCACGACUCGUCCGCCUCGGCGUCGGACUACUGCGGCUCGCCUGCAUUUGGCGACUCGUCCGCGUCCGACUGCUCGUCGCCCACCAUCUCUCCCUGGUCAGACUACUUUCCGGAAUCUCGCGAGCGGGAUUGCACGCAGGAGAAGCUCCUCCCCGCCGGCCGGCGGUCAUGAACUUUUGGUGACGUCUGUGCCGUCGCAAAAGAAAAAAAAAAACUUUCUCUCCUUGUUACGAUUAUCGGGGGUGGAACUAGCAG